AUGACACCAGUGACUAUUACUGCGCUUCCAUUCGAAGUAUUAUACACUAUUUUACAACGCUUAUCAAAAGACGAUCUCAUACGGAGAUGCGCAUUCGUGUCGAAAACAUGGUGCUGCGUUGCACGCUCACUGUACCACCCUUGGGCAAAUAUUCGACUCAAAACAGACGAAGAUUUCAAGCGCUUUUUGAACAAUUUAUUGAGUGCUAGUCGUAUGAGUGAAUAUAUCAAGUCCAUCCAGAUUAACCUGAUGGAUACUGACAGAAAAGUAUCAUUGGAUAGACACGAAACUUUCAAAAGAAUCUUGAGCCAUUGCCAAAAUCUAAACGUAAUCUCCUUCGUUCCUAUAAAGCCGGAAACGAAGGAUCUUAUGGAUACAAUGAUGCGUUUUAUUACAAACUGUGAAAACAGCCGCGAUCAUUCCGACAGUUCGACAUGUUUACCCAAUCUUGAAAAGAUCCAUGUUAACUAUACUGACAACAUGGCUGUACGGAAAACCUACAUUUUGAUGAACUACCUUUGCCGAUCGAGUAUACGGUGGAUCAGACUUGAAUUUCAUAGAGAUAGGGAGUGUCUAAAUUACGUGAAUCAACAUUAUGGUGGAUUGAAGCGGUACUUGACCGCAUUUAGAAACCUGAACACCCUUCAUCUAUUGGUAGGAUUUGACCAAGAAUAUCCUAUAACGGAAUUACUGGACAAUUUGUUACAGUUAGAAGUCUUUUCUUUGCACUGUCCUUGUCUUUAUCUUGAGCAAGUACAGGAAGCUUUGACCAAGCAAUACCCUAAUCUCAAGAAUUUGACAAUUUCAGCUGGCGAGAUAGACAUCUCUAUACUACCAUUCAUACGAUACCAGUUCCCGAACUUAGAAACCUUGUGUGUCUUAGGAACAUUGAAAUGCGCUCGUACUUCUGUUGAUGUACAGCCCUCAGCAACAAUUCAGGACCAUCAGAUGUUAGACGACUUUGUCGAAUAUUUUGCUAAAUCAAAAAACAUCAAAGGCCUCUAUCUGCAACUUGACUACUUUACGAACUAUAUAAGGCGCUUUAAUCGAGUUGGAAUGAAGUUGAUCAAUGACUUUCACAACAGCUUUAGUGACACUCUUUGA